AUGUACAGCGAGGAGUUUGCCAAUACCGACGGCAUUUUAAGGCAGCUGAGACAGGCUGCUCCCCUGUCGGCGCGGAGCGAGUCCACCACCUGGCUGACGCCGUGCAACUGUCUGCCCAUCUGGAGCCGGCGGCUGACCCGCAACUGCCGGAACUUCGAGGUGGAGAUGGCGGACAGGCUGUGGUCGCUGUGGGGCGGUCUGCAUCCGAGGGCUCCCUGGUUCGACGCGAAGGUGCGAGGUCGCCAGACGCUGGCGUGCUGCGUGGUGGCCUGCUGUGUGGCCAGCACAUUCCGCCGCCUGGGCGAGUGGAGCGGGAAGCUGCUCGACGCGAUCGUGGUUGACGGGGACCGCUACUACCGCGCCAGCGUGGAACAGAGCGAGCGCUGGGACCAACAACUGGGGGUGGACGACUUGGGCAGCGAGUGCUCGUUUCAGGACCUGCGAUUCCUGGUGCAAACGGAGCUGGUGGCCUUCGGACUUGUGUACAGCGCACCAGCCAGCGCCGCCAUGAGUCUGCUGGAGAGCCUCAACUACUUCUUCACGCGCUACCAGUGGGGCAUCCUGGAGUGCCAGGGGCGGCACUUCGCCUUCGGGCACAGCUCCAGCCGCGAUGGAGGCUACUUCCUCUUCGACUGCUCUGCGUGGGGCAAGCCCGUUUUCCCGGACGACAUGGGCGCCGCGUACGUGCUGGUGGCCAAGCAGCUGCAGAUGCUGCUCUACUGUUUUGUCGUCACGCUCAAUGUGCGGCGCCGAAAUGUCGAGUUCCGGCUUUACAACGUGGACAUGGCCCGCAAGCCCAGCGAUCCCCGGAAACACCAUCACGAUCCCAAAGGGGAAGCUUAAUUUACAUAAGAUUCGUAUUAUACACGAGCUUCGCUGUACGACGGACAAAUAGAUAGAUGGAUCUGAAAUCAAUACGGUACUAACUAAGUUCAUGCUCAAGGGAUUAUUAUUUACUAGUCAUUGCUAACCUGUAAAGAAAUAUCAGGGAACGUAACGAUUAUAAUUAUACCCGUUACUCAUAGAGUAUAUUAGGGUAUAUUGUUUUCGGUGAAGAGUAAGUAACAGGUA